AUGGUUUGUGAGGAUGGAAAGAGCAAACAAAUUCAAAAUCCAAUUCACCAGCCUGAUGAAGCUGCGAUGCUCGAAAAGAUUUCCACAGUUAUGUUGAACAAACUGAAAGUGGAUAAGCUCAGGGAAAAAUUUUGGAUUCACGAUGUUGACAAGAAUGGUUUCAUAACUAAACCAGAGCUUCGAUAUUCGAUGACAAAAGAUGGGGGAGAAGUGACCAAAGAGGAAGUUAAUAAGAUUUUUGAGGCAGCUGAUGUAGAUUAUGAUGGUCAGAUCAGCUAUGAUGAGUUCGUCAAACUGAACGCUAAAUGUAAAAACCAGAAUGGUUUCGUAACUGCAGCAGACUAUCAAAAGUUUGUGUUGACAGUUACUGGGAAAAAAGUAACGGAUGAGGAUGCUCGUAAUUUCAUCGAAUCGUUUGAUGUUGAUGGCGAUGGUCGGGUCAGCUAUGAUGAAUUUGUCAAACUGACGAGGUGA